UCGCAUAUAAAGCGGCGCAUUUUGAUUUGUAGAUCAUUAGUUUUACACCAACGUCGAUUGAGACAAAAUGAACACGGGCUUUUCUUUCCUCAUACUUUGCCUUCUAGCAGGUAAGGCCUUAUCGGCCUGCGACAAGGGCGAGGCCGUAAGUUAUACACCUUCAGACGAUAGCGCAAUACUGGAAAAUCCCGAGAGAGGCUUCUACCACCACAUUGAAGUUGAACUCCCCGUUUCCAAUUUGAAAAAUAAGAAACAAGAGUGGGAAUCGCAAUUCGCCGGAUGGAACAAGGAGGGUGUCAGCCUCGUCCUGGUCAAGUUCGCCCUCAAGAACUUUGUGAAAAAGAAUUUCGAUUCAUCUGCUGGAAAGGAUCUGGACGCGAUGACGGCCGUUUUCGACACGCUCCGCUCGCUCGGAAUGAAGGCCAUCGUCCGCUACAGUUACGUCCAGUGCGAAAAAACUGACGGCAGUUUCAUUUUCCAGGAAGACGCCAAAAAGGAGCAACUUUUGGAUCACAUCAAGCAAGUGGCGCCCAUUUUAAAGAAAAGCCUCGAUGUCAUUUACGUCCUACAAGCCGGUUUUAUCGGCUGCUGGGGCGAAUGGUAUUACACCAUCAACUACGCCGUCAAGAUCUCGAAAGAUCGCUACGAGCCGAAUGCGUCACAGAAAAAAGAUCGCGUCGAAAUUAUGAAGGCCCUACUAAAUGCCGUUCCCGGCCGGAUGGUUCAGAUGCGGACGCCAGUCUUGAAACAGGCUUUCGAUGAAUGCGGUGGCAAAAACAUCCAGCCGGCGGAUGCCUUUUCCACGUCCAAGAUGUGCUCCCGGAUCGGCAUCCACAACGACUGCUUCCUGGCCAGCGAGCGGGAUGGAGACACUUUCAAAGAAGGCAGAGAAGUUGCUGAACGCCAAUGGCUGAAGAAGGAAGGACUCUACGCUGCCGUCGGCGGUGAAACCUGCGAGGAACCCAAGAAAACUAACACCGACUGCAAAAGGACGAUCGAGCAGCUGGGAGAGCAGAGAUUCAGUUUUCUCAAUCUCGACUAUCAUAACGAAACGGUCAACAUGUGGAAAAAAACCCAAAGUGACAAACCCAAAGGUAAAUGCCUAAACGUCAUUGGCAACUACAUGGGAUAUCGUUUCCAACUGGUCGAUGGGAAACUUCAGAAAACGGCGGCCAAAGGAUCGACUUUCUGCGCCAGCCUCAACAUCCGCAAUUCCGGAGUGGCUCCACUGUACAACAAACGCCCUGUUGAGGUUCUUUUGAGAAACAAGCAAUCAUCGAAACCGUACGGGCCGUACGCCCAGGAGAACAUUGAUCCUCGCAAAUUUGCCCCCGGUGAGACGAAAUCCAUCGACCUGUCGGUUCAAUUGCCGUCGGAUGUCGUCCCCGGCAAGUAUGACGUCAUUUUGAACCUGCCCGAUGGCUCGUCUACACUGAAAGACAAAGCCAAGUACCGGAUCCUUUUCGCCAAUGGGAAUAACGUCCAGGACAAGCAAAAUCGCUACAACGUCAUCGGUCAACUCACCGUCAAUUAAAAACAUUCCUUUUUGAAAUUGCAUCCUAAUUGCCUUGAUAGUUGCCAUGCAAUAAAAUGACAUCCACAUCA